AACAAGAUGGCGUCACUUGCCUGCUGACGGUCGACACGCGAAAUGCGAAUGCUUCGGCUGCAAGAAUGUUCUGUCGUUUUGUGUUACUUCGUUUUGUGCCUUGCACAAGCGCUCGACAAUCGUGCGGAGCAGACGAAGCGUAUAAAAGAUAACAUCACGAAUACCGCCAAAUACAGGAGGACGGCGAGGCCGCAGACUACCGCUAAUGAAACGACCGUUGUUUCAUUCGAACUGAAAGCCGUCAGUGUCCCCUGUCUGACACCAAGGCGCCGUCACCUGUUCCUGAACGCAUUCAUUUGCCUGUCGUGGAGAGACAAGCGUGUCGGCUGGGAUCCCAAGAAUUACGGAGGUGUGGAUAGCGUAUUCCUCAACUCAAGCGAGAUAUGGACGCCAUCGAUAAUCGAACUUUCUCCUUUGGAGUUGAGUAGGCCCAGGGACGCCAUGGUGUCACUCACCAGUGCCGGGGAGGCUACAUGGUGCCCGCUCUACUCCAUCAGUGGGAUAUGCGAGACGGACAUGAGCGACUUUCCCUUCGACCGGCACAGUUGCCACGUGGCCUUCACCAACGCUAUGUCGCAGGAGAAGGAUGUCAACCUGACGCUGGCGGGCCAGCCGACACUUCCCGAACAGGAACACUCGGAGUUUGCAGUUCUCUCAAUAGAGGGCAAGAGGUCCCUGCUGAGUUUCCAAAUGGGCGAGUUCGAGUAUCCCGAGAUCUCGUUCCACGUGCUGCUGGAGAGGCGAACGUCGCUGCACCUGUUCACCGUCCUGCUGCCCACCGUCGCUGUGGUUCUGCUCUCGCUGCUAGUCUUCUGGCUUCCGCCAGAGUCGGAGCGCAAGCUCACUCUCGUUGGAGCCGCCCUGCUGAUGUCACUGCUUCUGCUAUACCGAGCGGACGAGACCGUCUCCUAUUCGGGAAAAGUGCCUAGGAUUGUCAAAGUUGUUGGAGGCGGGGUCUUGAUGAACGCCCUCAUCGCGGCCAGCGCUGUCCUGAGCACAAACAUGGCACGGAGUCCACCGUCCUGCGCGCUUCCCGUGUUCCUCGUGAAGUUAUCGGAGUUCGUGGCCCACCGGCUGCCCUGUCCCUGUCCUGCAGGCCGAUCGGGCAUCGGGGACGACGAGGGAGGCGUACAGAACAAGUCCUUCAACAACGCCGUGGCCCGCGAGUGGUACACGGCGGCUCGAGCUCUGGACCGUGUUCUAGGACUCGUAUUCACGGCUGCUUAUGUAGUACUAUGCCUGUGACUUUCCCUUGCGAUGAUCCUGAACAUAAGACUAAACACUGCAGCAAGUCGACACACACUGCAAGGCGUUGUGUUUGUCGCACGGCUCAGUUGCAUCUGCAACGCAGUGUACCGUUUCGGAAAAUCUGAAGAUCAGUCAAGUUGCUUUUAAAAGGCCAUGAUCUAAGCAGACUACUAUCUAUGUUCUUGGAAGGCAACGUGUCUACAUGCAGAUCCCAUG